UAAACAAUACAACCGCUAGCUGCGUUAGCUCCAUGGACUAACAGGAAUCGUAAAAAGACGAUGGUGUAGUUGUUACGUAGAUAAAUACCUCACUUAUAAUUAGACAACAAUGUGUUCAGUUGAGUCUUUGAGAGAGUUUGUCAACGAGCGACUAACUGCUGCUGCUGAAGAAAUAUUGGGAGUUUUUCAAAGAAGCAUCGUCGAGUACGAGGAAGAGAUCGAUCGUCAGCGCAGACUGUUGGAUAUCGUUUUGAAGCCUGAAAUAAAGUUACACAGGACAGAGCUCCCACAGCAACAUGUGUUUAAGGAGGAGGAGGUUGUCCCUGAGCAGCAGCUCUGUAUUGAGGAGAGGAAGUCCAGUGUGGACCAAGAGGAGCCAGAGCCUCCAGAGAUUAAAGAGGAAGAGGAGGAAGUGUGCAGCAGUCAGGAGGGAGAGCAGCUUGUAGUGAAGCAGGAGACUGAUGGCUUUAUGUUGACUCCUGCUGAUGAGGAAAGUGAGCAGAGUGAAGAUCAGACUCUGGACUUCAUUCAUGAUGACACUCAAAGUGCAGCAGAGAAAGAGUCUGUAGUCAACAUACCAGUUAUAACCUAUUUUAUACUCAAACCAAACAGUGACCAUCAGCUCUUCUCUCACAACUCUCAUGUAGCUGAGAGCCAAGAUCAGAAAGGAGGACAUCAUGAAAACAACAGUAACACAGAUGAAAAAUCUCACAAAUGUGACACGUGUGGAAAAGCUUUUCUGUACAGGUAUAACUUAAAUAUACACCAGAGAAUCCACACAGGUGAGAAGCCGUUUAUGUGCAAAACAUGUGGGAGAGCUUUCAGACAGACUAGUCAUUUGACAGCCCACAUGAGAAUUCACACAGGCGAGAAACCACACAUUUGCAGGAUUUGUGGGAAAAGAUUCAGCGACAUAAGCAUGUUGAAAAGGCAUUUUAAAAUCCACACAGGUGAAACUUUGUAACUUUGCAAGACCUGCAGAAAGAGACAUUUGAAUGUGUGACAAUUGUCAAGGCAUAUAAGAUCUCAGACAGACAAGUGGUCUUGUGUUAAAUAUGUGGGAGCUGAUUCAGUUCUGGUUCAUGGUCAAAGCACACAAGAACUGACAGAAGUGAGGUGUUGCAUGUUUGUAGCACCUGUGGGAAAAGUUUUACUCAGAUCACAUACUUGAAAAAACAUCUGAGGACCAGUAAACAGGAGAAACCAUAGAGCUGAAACUCCUGUGGAGACGUGUUCGCUAUCUGAAUGAAGUAAAAUUGCUCACUGAGAGGAGGUCACAAUAUGUUGAAGAACUACAUUUGGUUAAAAUGCCAUUUUGUUGAACUAACCCUCAGUUUUACUCAUAAUCCUGUUUUUCUUUGAAAUAGUCUAUCUUCCAAAUUUUUUGAAGAAUCUUUGUUGCACAGUGAGUGCAUAAUUCCUCAGUAACACAUAGGCUGUUUACUAAAUUUGGUGCUAUUAGAGUCAAAAUCCAAAAAGGAGUUGCCACAUUAGCAAAACAGUCUAUCAUGGGGGUCAUCCCAUUCCAGCUGAUGGCAAUUUAAACCACAACAUAAGACAGUAAAUAAUCACAAUAACAAAUUGGCAACACUAGAUAGGCCUCUGCUGGUUAUGUGGUUUGAACAAUAAUGAUCAGUGUCCAAAGGAAUGUAGCCAACGACAUGCUGUUUUUUGUGACAUUGUGUAUUCUAACAAUAAAACUUUGUAGGAUGAUGGUUUAAGAAUACCAGAUUCACCUUGAA